GAUCCAAAGUUACGUGAUGAAAUUGAACGGACUGCUCGGAAAACUGAAGAUCUUGAAGAAUUUGAGGACGAUUUACUCGAAGAAGACGCGAUAACUUGGCCUUAUGGAACAGUGGACGAAAAUGACAAACGAUCUUUAAAAUCCUUUAGAUCACGAUUUGAGGAUGAAGAUAAUGAAUAUGAAAACAUUAUAGAUAAUAAUUCAGGAAAUAAUGAUAUUGAACGUAAUGCGAUUCAUAAUAAAUUGUUUGGGCUUGAAAUUUCAGUGUUAGCUACUGCUUUAUGCCCCAGCACUAAAGGUUCACCGAAAUUCCAAUUAUCUAUUGAUGAUCUAACAUUUGUUGGACAACCAGUAUUUAUGAAUAGAGCAGAUGAAAAUAAACAAAUCGAGCAUUCAACAUUUUUCCAUCUUGUAUUUGUACUUGACCCACCUGAAUUGGAAUUAUGUAAACAAGUAGAUAGCAUAUAUAAGCACGUUAUUACUAAGUUGACGGCAGCAUUGCAGUAUGAGCAACAAAGAUGUGGUUACGUUAGAGCAGAAUCUGAAUUGAUAAUGUCAUUGAGAGACAAUACUG